AUAUCACCAUACCGUUCUCCACUUUACCCAAUUUCACACAAUCCUCUCUUUCAACCAGGGGCAGAUGGCAAAGCACUAAAACACUUCCAGAAGGCAGCGUACCUCACACUAGGGGAAAUACUGGAUACUACUGAGGAACAAAAGGUUAAACGAAUGCAGGACCUCAUAGAAACACAGACGGUUAUUCAAAAAUUCCAAUACCACCAAAUAGUACACUUCGUUCACUCAGGCCCACUAGCACACAGCACUAAACGAACACAAACAGAGUUUGAACAACACUGCUCUAAACAAGACCUGAAAAAGAAACUUAUCUCGGUGAUGUACACCAUAAUUCAAACAACACAUCCACCCCAAUUACCGCUUACACCACAACAUGGGAAAAAGAAUUAA